UCCAGUUAUGUGUUCCAGGCCCCGGGCCCUGGAUUUGUGCACUGGCAUGGCUUACUAGAAGCCUUAAAUGGAGUGGAGGCAUCAUUGAUGUUAUUGCUUACACCUGUGCUUUUCCUACUAUGAUAAGUCAAAGUCUCUGCCACGAAAAGUCUUUACUGCGCACACAUCCAUGCAAAUACCUGUCUGUAUAAUCAGGUCUUUGAUUUUCUCUCCUCCCCUCAUGCUGGCUGUGGCCUGCGUCUCUCUCAUCCUGACCUCCACCCUCUUACCUCCUCCACACCCCUCCCCUAAUGAGACACACUCACACACACAACCUCCCGGACCCUCAACGUCUCUGGUCCAGGUUUAGAGGAAUGUUGAGUGUCUCUAUAGCCCCCUCCCUGGAGAUUAGGCUUCACCAUGCAUGUCCCCCCCCCUCACUUCAUUCCAUUCCAAAGUAUGCCCCCUAAGAGCUGCCGCAUUUUUAUCUGAGCCCGGUGAUUGUGACAGAUUGGCCAAAUGACACACAUACACAGACACACAUUUGUGGACACACGCCGAGGCACAAACAGAGGGGAAGCUGGGCAGCCUGGGGAGGGGCCAGAGAGCGCCAGGCUCUUGCUAUAAAACCAUCCCAGGAUGAGGCCAGUGUCCUGCCCUGAUCUGAACAGUACCUCCUUCCUCUGGGCCAGGACACAGUCAGGACAGGCAGCAGACGAGCCUCCAACAUGAAUGACAUCUACAAGGCAGCGGUUGAGCAGCUGACAGAUGAACAGAAAAAUGAGUUCAAGGCCGCCUUUGACAUCUUCGUACAAGAUGCAGAGGACGGCUGCAUCAGCACCAAGGAGCUGGGGAAGGUGAUGAGGAUGCUGGGCCAGAACCCCACACCAGAGGAGCUGCAGGAGAUGAUUGAUGAGGUGGAUGAAGAUGGGAGUGGCACGGUCGAUUUUGAUGAGUUCCUGGUCAUGAUGGUGCGGUGCAUGAAGGACGACAGCAAAGGGAAAUCAGAGGAAGAACUGGCGGAGCUUUUUCGCAUGUUUGACAAGAAUGCAGAUGGUUACAUUGACCUGGAUGAGCUGAAAAUGAUGCUGGAAUCUACAGGAGAGGCAAUUACUGAGGAUGACAUCGAGGAGCUGAUGAAAGACGGGGACAAGAAUAACGAUGGCAAAAUUGACUAUGAUGAGUUCUUGGAAUUCAUGAAAGGAGUGGAGUAAUCCAGAACAAAAGAAGAGAUGCAAAGUGUUAUUUUUGUAUUUCUCUGUGACUCCACGGUCAUCUGUGGAAAGCUAGAAGCUGACUUUGGAUGCCAUUGAGAGAUCCUUGGAACGACUUUGCAAGAUUUAGUCAAAUACUCUAUCUGAAUGUUUCUGUAUUUUUCUACCAUCUCUUGCAUCGUUGUAAAUACGGAUUGUAACUAUUUUUGGUGCCCAUGUAUACUGAAUUUGUGUAAAUGUGUCCAAAUUACUUAUAUUUUCCACAGAGGACACAAAGUAUACCAGUUUGGCUGACUGAAGUAGCAACUUUGUGUUUGUAUCCGGCUAAAUCUCUGAAGUUAUCUCCUUCUUCUUUGUGUGCACAAAGCAGAACAAGAGUCAACAUUGUUUUACACCAGGCACAGGUAGACUAAUCAUAUCUUUCAAGCGACAUACUGGAUCCAGGCUGUAUGCUGUAGAUGUUAUGAUGUGCACAUUGAAUACAUUUCUGUAUGCUUACGAUACCCUCAGGACUUUUUAUUCUCCUCUCGUGCCCCUGAAAUGUCUACAGUUUCUGCAUAUUUCUACAUGAAAAGUCUGCUUGGAAUGU